GUUCCAACUCGACAUCGCCGCGCGGGAUGAGCUCGUUGGCGCGUGUGUGGGGUGCGAUGGCCCGCGGAAGCGGCACGGGCCGUCGUCAGGCGUCCCUAUUCAUGCACCGAACCACGAGGUUUCUGCCGCGUUCACCUGUCGCUCGCCCUUGGCAUGUACAUCUUGCUGGCAUGUCCACCGACAGCGUCGAGAAAAUGGCGACCCCCGUUGAGCCGAAGGCCACUUCGUCGAAGGAGAUUCUAACGACGCUUGCGGCCUACCUGUGGCCAGAAGGAACGUCGAAAGAAGCGCUUGCUGUGAAAUCCCGCGUUGUCGUGUCUGUGGGACUGCUUGUUGCUGGCAAACUCAUCAACAUCGAAGUGCCGUUCCUAUUCAAGGAGCUCGUGGACGUCAUGGGUCCGUCGACGUCGUCCGAGGCGGCGCUGGUCGCUGUCCCCGUCAGUCUCGUUCUCGGGUACGGUCUAGCUCGGUUCUCAGCCAACGCGUUCCAGGAACUUCGCGCGGCAGUGUUCGCCAAAGUCGCCCAAGGCACGAUCCGGCAAGUGGGUCGACGCGUGUUUGAGCACCUGCACACACUCGACUUGCGCUUCCACUUGAACCGUCAAACGGGUGCAUUGGCUCGCACCAUCGAUCGCGGGAGUCGCUCCAUCGACUUUGUCCUACGGAGCCUCUUGUUCAGCGUCGUCCCGACCGCGCUCGAAAUUGGGUUGGUCUCGGGUAUCAUGGCUCACAACUUUGGCUGGGAAUAUGCCGCCAUCACCGUGGGUACGCACGCAUUGCGUCCUCCUCCACGGCCAUGGACCGCGCGCUUUGCCAAUCGACCACGUUUUUGACGGCAUUUCUAGGCACGUUGACGGCUUACACGGGCUUUACGAUUGUGGUGACGCAGUGGCGCACCGACAUUCGCCGCCGCAUGAACAAACUGGAGAACCAAGCGUCCGGCCACGUGAUCGACUCCCUCAUGAACUACGAGACCGUCAAGUACUUCAACAACGAAGCGCACGAAGCCAGCAAGUACGACGCCACGAUCAAGCAAUACCAGGACGCGUCGCUAAAGACGCAAACGAGCCUCUCCUUCCUCAACGCUGGGCAAAAUGCAAUUUUCUCGGCCGGGUUGACGGGGGUCAUGUACCUGGCGACCCAAGGGAUCGCCGACGGCGCGCUCACGGUCGGCGACCUCGUUCUCGUCAACGGACUGCUCUUCCAACUGAGCAUUCCGCUCAACUUUAUCGGGUCCGUGUACCGCGAAGUCCGCCAGAGCGUCGUCGACAUGGAAGCGAUGUUUGCGCUGCAGGCCGUGCCAUCGUCGAUCCCGCCGCCGUCGUUUACAACGUCGGCCACGUCCGUCGAGCGGACGCCGAAAACAAUCACGUUCGACAACGUUUCGUUUGGGUAUCGGCCCGGCCAGCCCAUCUUGAACGGCAUGUCGUUCACGGUGCCGGCGGGCCGCACGAUUGCGGUCGUGGGGUCGAGUGGGUCGGGUAAGUCGACGAUUCUCCGUUUGUUGUAUCGAUUCUACGAUGCCGACGACGGCCGAGUCCUUGUUGACGGCGUCGACAUUCGCGACGUGCCUAUCGACGAUCUUCGCCACUUGAUUGCGGUUGUGCCGCAAGACACGGUGCUCUUCAACGACUCGAUCGCGUACAACAUUGGGUACGGCAACCUGAACGCGACUCGCGACGACGUGGUGCAUGCCGCCAAGGUCGCGCAGAUCCACGACUCGAUCGAGCAAUUCCACGACGGAUACGAUACCCGCGUCGGCGAGCGCGGACUCAAACUGAGCGGCGGCGAAAAGCAACGGGUCGCGAUUGCCCGCGCCAUGCUCAAGGACGCGCCGAUUCUCCUCUUUGACGAAGCAACGUCUGCGCUCGACUCGGAGACCGAGCACGAAAUCGUCAAGCAGUUCAAGGCCAUCGGCCUCCACAAGACGACCGUCAUCAUCGCCCAUCGGCUCAGCACGAUCCAAGACGCGGACGAGAUUGUCGUGCUGGACAAGGGCCACGUCAUCGAACGAGGAACGCACCUCGACCUGGUCGACCGCCCCGGCGGGAAAUACGCCGAGAUGUGGUAUCGGCAGCAGCAUGCCAAGAAGGACUAGGAAGUCGAGCUCGGUGAAAUAAAUCGUCGUGUGCUCAGCCCCAAGUCAACUCUCGUACGAGGAGGAUUCCAAGUGGAUGCAAUGUCGGAGGAUGGGCGGACCAAAGAGGCACGUGCUCGCCGUCCCGAAGCGAAUGCCUCCUGGCGAAGCAUGGUCGGGUUUUGUCAGCAGGUCGAGGCAUGGCUGGCACACCGGCACCACACAGAACUUUCCACCGAGAGCGCGGGGCGAUAUGUCCUAGCCGUACUACUGCGCUGUGCACGACGCUUCGCAUGCAAUACCCGAAACCAUGUAUCGUCCAGGGCGGGCUAGCCCAUGGGCGAUGGCAUACGUGGCACAAGCGAUCGAUCGCUGCGUUGAAAACUCGGCGCAAUGUACGACGACUGCCGUCACGUUUGAGCAAGUUAAACCCAAACAUACUUAUCGUUGCCGAGCCAAUGGACCCCCUCGACAGCUUUUUGAUUUUCGGUGACGAGGAGCGAGGGUAGCGAGUCAUCGCGGGAUGCAACCAACGCGCGGAGGUCGUCCGUGAGCCACGCAGCUUCCGGGUUCCACACCACCACGGACGCCAACGACCACGCGCGCGAUUCACGGAGGGCAGCGUCCAGCAGAGUGGGAAAGAUCGCAGGCGACGCGGUGUGGCAGCGCAAGACAGUGAGCGCGUUGUUUUUGAAGUCGUGUGUCCAAACGAUGAACGAAUCGAUCUGGUCCAACAAGCGAGCGAUUUAGUCGUCGAAACAACAACGAAUUUGACACAUACCGACGUGCCAGAGGCGAUGAAGACGCCGUGCGACGUUGGCGCAGACGCCAACGACCGCUUCGUGCGGGCGUAAAAUGCAGCACGAGUGUGGAACCACAGCACGGCCGACGGCGUUAGUUCAAAGUACACGGCAGGGGUUGCGGACGCCUGCGUCUGCAACUGCAUGCGAGCGAUGUCGGCUUGGCACACGCGGGUCAAAGCGUCCAACGAUUCCACUUGAACCAGCAACGGUGCAGACGAAAUAGCGGGGAGCGAGUGCGUGGCGGGGAGCACGAGCUGCUGGGACGCAUAAACUGUCCAGCCCUUGGAUGCGUAGUACUUCGGCCCAAUGUCGGAAUACAAGUUGGAAAUCACAA